AUGGAGAUUGUUAGUCUAAUUGUCGGAAUAGUUGACAAGUAUGCAGUUGAACCAGCUAGACGCCAAGUGGGUUACCUAACUCACUGCAAAAGCAAACUUGAGAAACUACAGACUGAAGUGCACAAAUUAAGUGCCGCUAGAGAGCGGCUAGUGCUCAAGGUUGUAGAAGCUGAAGAAAGAGGUGAAACAAUCCACACUGACGUACAGAACUGGCGGAAACACGCGGAUAAGAUCACCGAGGAGGCGAACGAAUUACGGAAGCCUGAUACGCAAGCAAAGAUGAGCUGUCUCCGUGGGGUUUGUCCAAACCCGGUGCUCCGAUACAAGCUAGGCAGGACAUCAACAAAGUUGAAGCAGGCGGUUGUUGAACUCGUUGAACUCCACGCAAAAAAAGAUUUCGCUAGCAUUUCAUACAAUGUCCGCCCACAAGAUGUAUCCGUGGUAUCUGACAAACAUUAUGAGGCAUUUGAUUCGAGGAAUUUAACUGUCAAGAAGAUCAUGGAUGAACUGAGAAUUCCUAAUACCGACCUGAUUUUGGUGUAUGGUAUUGGAGGCGUGGGGAAGACCACACUGGUUGAACAAGUCCUUAGGCAAGCUGUAAAAGAAAAGUUAUUUGCUGAUGCAGUUAUGGUAAGAAGUGUGCAAAAUCCGGACCUUGAAGGAAUUCAAAAAGAAAUUGCCAGAAAGUUGGGUAUGGAAGUUCAAGAAAGCGAAACUAUGUCAAUAAGAGCACUACAUCUAUGUGACAGGGUAAAAGACAAGAAAGUUCUUGUAAUUUUAGACAAUAUUUGGGAAAGCAUUGACUUGGAGGCGGUAGGACUUCCUUGUCUGCCGAAUUGUAGAAUACUUUUGACAUCCAGAACUCGAAAACUGCUAUCCUCAGACAAGCGGUUGCAAAAAGACUUUGAGCUUCGAGUUCUAAACGAGGAAGAAGCUUGGCGUUUAUUUGAGACAAAAGCAGGUGAUGUUGUUAACAAUCCCGACAUACGAACUGUGGCAACCGAUGUAGCCAAAAAAUGCGGAGGUUUGCCACUUUUGGUUGUCACAGUCGCAAGCUCUUUAAGAAAUAGAAGUACUUUACCAGUAUGGAAGAAUGCCUUCAGUCGCCUAAAAGUGUUUGACAACGAAGACCCAGCCGAACAAGAAGCAUACUCGGCGUUAGAGUGGAGCUACAAUCAAUUGGAUGAUCAAAAGCUGAAGCCACUAUUCUUGAUAUGUGGAAUUAUGACUUGUUGA